AUGUACGCCAGCUCGCAUGUUGCCGAGCAUGCGGAUCACAUUCAAAAGCUAGGCGGCGUCGACCUGCAGCUGCUCAACCAUCGCGAUGAGGCGUCGCCCUUCUGCCGCGUUCUUGACGCACCUGUCUUCUGCCACGCCAGGGAGAAGGAGGCCAUUGAGCAGAAGGGAGCUGCUGUCGAGUUUACGUAUGACUCGGACCACUGGUCCUUUGAUGAUGACCUCUGUGCAUACCACACGCCUGGCCAUGCCACUGGCGUCACCAGCUUCUUGUGGGAAAGCUCCGACAAGGUUUACCGGGUUCUAUUCACUGGAGACACGCUGUAUGCGGACACGAAAGGUCGACUCGCUAGCGCGCCGGUCACGUUCCACCCCUAUCCUGGGAACCGACAGGAUAUGAUCACUACGCUCCGUCAGAUGAUUCGGUUGAACCCGACGCACAUCAUCUCCGGCUUAACUCAAAGCGGCCAAUUCCUGAAUGAGUUCGACUCUGAGCAAGUAGAAAGGGCCCGACCGGAAGUCAAGUCGACGCUCUUCAGCUGCCUGGACCAGGAUGGAGACAGGCGCCUGAAUCGCGCUGAAAUGAAGACGUUUGCGGAGCUCACUGGCUUCGAAGGUACCGACGAAGACUGGGCCGGGGAGUUCGAGGUGCUUUGCGAGGCCCAAGGAUGCGACUUCACCGCGUUCUCCCGGCUCAUCGACGACGACUCCGACGAUGGCCUGUACUGCGAUGAUUCCGAGCUAGCAGACAUGCUGAACCAGCUCCUGAUGAGCGGAGUCGGGAUCCCUGCUGGACAAGCACCUCCGAAGACAACCUUGGGUGAGGCUGUGCCUGCAGGCAUCGACUAUUUCAUCCGCGAGCGGGAAGCCGGCCUGUAUGAUGGCGACUGGAAGCCCUGGGAUCCCAACGAGGGCAUCAAAGCUCGCACGCCUCGCGUGGGCAAGAUUGGCAGCUUGGAUGGCUGCCCAAGCACUGCAGAUGUGCAGGAGGCACUCAUGUUCGUCAACGAGCAGGUGCAGGAAGGGAUCUUCGGCGAUGCGUCAAGUCAGGCGGAGGCGCGCCUUGGUGAGCUGCUAGCGCUGCAGGGCUCGGCCACGAAAGGAGCCGGCUGGUUUGAGUUCCGCCUGGACGAGAACGUGAUGGAUGAGGAGCAGCUGUCCCGUAUGGUUCUGGCGCCAAGCGGAUGGCAAGUCGACCGCUCCACAAUUCCCACAGGAUACAUGAUGCACAUCAUGUCCGUCGGGAACGGCGUGAAGGCGACGCUGUGCGGCCGGGAGGGUCUGCACAUUGUGAACUCUCUUCACCGAGAUGUGUCGAAGUGCAAGCGGCUGUGUGACACUGGGCUCUGCGGCGUGGUGGGUCGCAAGAGGGCGCGGGCUGCACGAUGA